UCAAUCAUCAGUUUUUCUAUUUUCGUCUAAAAUUUCGUGUGAAAAUAAUUUUGAAUUAGAAUCACAAGCGCUCCGAGCAUAUAUUUCUCAAAAGAAAUACGCGUUUAAGUUAUAAAUCAUGCAAUUUCUUUAUAUUCAGUGAGAAAACCACAAGUAAAUGUCUACCGAAGCCGCUUGCCAGAGUUCAAUAAACUCGUAAGUCAAAAACGGUUCUAAGGCCUUUUGGAAAUGUCAGUUUUAGUUGUGGGUAAUAAUCGCUAAACGCUGAGCGAUAUUCUAAGUUUUCCGUAAUCAAACAGUGAAAUAUGGAUCCGAAUCCCCAAGAACGGACGGCACCCGUGUACGUUCGAUCAAGGGCAUUUCGUCAGUUCAAGAAUCCUCCUCAGCCCCAUAUGUGUAUACAAGACACGAUAAAAGAUACGUCGGAAAAGCUCUACAUCAAUGUUUUGGGAUGGCAGAAAAUAGCUAAUCCCAAGCAGUAUUCUGAUCCGAUACCUCUGUAUGGAGGUAUGCAGGUACAUCAAGGUUGUGCGCCGAAUAGUAACAGGCCCCCUCUUCUGGUCUUCGCUGUGAUGGUUAACCCUGACAUAUUAAAAGAAAAUGGAAAGAAUGCAACAAAUCCAUCGGAUCGUGAGGCGCUUGUCAGUCUGCUGUGUGAUUUUGUUGAGGCCAUGAACCCUGGUCUAGCUUUGUCCAGAAACCCAGUUAUAUUAAAGGAUCGGGACUUAGCCGGUGAGCUCAAAGAUGUGUGGCUCGCUGUUCAAAACAAGAGAGAAAGAGAGAAAGGGUUGAACCAAGAUGUCAUGUACAAGGUUUAUGACAUUGAUGGAAUCGGCAACGAAGACAUGGUUGAAGAUGAAAAAUCAACAGGAAAAAUUGGUAGGUCAUAUGACAAUUCACCGAGCAAGACACACAACACAGACAAGAAGAAUGUUAAAUCAUCAAAACAGAUACUAAUGAAUGCAGGACAGAAGUCGGAAUUUGAUUCCGGCAUGAACAACUGCCAAUUGAAUCAAAAUCAUUUGAACAGAGACAACAGGUGUAACAAUGACUUAGAUCCCACAUACUGUACCCCAGUGUAUGGACAGAUUGUUUCCAGCAGAGAAAACCACAACCAAAUUGACGAUAUCCAACAAAAGUUCACAUCGGAGAAAGAAAGUAAACCGUCUAGCUCAUUUAGAAAAGACUGGAACUCCAGUCAAGGCAAAACUACGCAGGGUUGGGAUGACUUCUCCAAACAAAACCUGACCACCAUUAAGGCUAACGAAAGUGAAACAAAGAGACACAGGAACAAAGACAAAAACAAACACAUGACCAAUGGGAAAACGCAUUUCGAUUUCUUCCCGGUCUUCGACAAUAAAGAACAAAUGGAUGCAGAAUGUCCCAGCAAAAAAUGUACAGACACAAAAAAAGAAGAUGAGACAGACGAAAACAAUUCUAAAGUAAUUAUAGACCCAAUGCAGAAGCUAGCUCUGCAUGCGACUGAUAAUAAAAUUUGUGAUAAUAAAACAAGUGCUCUCAACACAUUUAGCUCAUAAAUUUAUGGCGUUUUACAAAUGACUUUUUGUAUGGCAGUGUGUUAGCUUAAUGUUUGUAAUGUUAAUAUGUAAAGAGUGAACAAUAUUGGACUAGUCAUGGUCACUGACGAACAUUUUAUUUCAGUUUGAGAUGUUUUGAUAUUAAAUUUUAAAGGACCAACAUUUUGUGUGAUUAUAUUUUCUGUCACAUUCAUGGGCAUACCCAGGAUUUUAGCUAGGGGGCAGCAUUCCUGUUUCGAGAAGAUGGUCAGUCUGGUAUAUUGAAACAAAAGAUCAUGGAAUUUGACUUUUAUUUGCGCAGAGUAGGUAACACAUUUUGAAUUCCCACUCCUCGCAAGUGGGAAUUCAAAAUGUGUUAAUAGACGUUUAUUUUAUCUUCUAGGGGAGGGGCUAGCUGCCCCUACCUGGGUACGCCCAUGGUCACAUUUAUUUUAUAUUAAAUCAAGUUUAACUUCAAUCCAAGAUUUUUGGUCCUUUUGGUAGGGUUCAUUAUAACUUCUAAAAGUUUUUUAGUGUGGCAACAUUAUGUCGAGUUUUGCUUUAUUUCAAGUUCACAACUUUAAUUUGUGAAGCUAAAAUCUAUUCAGAUUGUAUAAAAAUAUAUUAUUGCUUUAAAUUAUUAUCCAAUAAUUACACUUUUUUUAAAUGAGAUGGUUAAAGAAAAUGAUCAAACCAUAUAAGAUGAAAUAAGCAUGUUGAAAAAAACCUUUGUCUAAUCAUGUUCUUUGAUAUCUGUUUGAACUUUGAAGUUAUAAUGGAACCUACACUUGUAGGUGCAUCAUCACAUAUUAAAACAUGUUGUGGAUUAUUGAGGUUGUGUAUUUCACGAUGUUCUAUAAGGUGGUGGCCAAACACAUAAUAUUUUAUCUGAUAUGAUGUUGAAUAUAAUUUUUUUUAU